UAUUAAAAAACAAAAUGUUUUUUGAAUUUUGAAUUCUAUAUAAUCAUCUCACUUCCGAGCUCCGACCCCAUUGGUAUUGUAGUUUCGAACAACUCUGAUUUUUUGUUUCACCGUCAGAGCCAACUGUCACCAGACAAAGCAAAUCCACAAACAUGAAUACCGAGACCAACAACGAUGCAAUAAUUCUCUACCCAACUGCCGCUAGAGGCCACCUUGUCUCCAUGGUUGAGCUUGCCAAGUUCAUUCUCUCUCACUAUCAUCGUCCACCUCUCACCAUUCACAUCCUCACUAUCUCUCCUCCAUACGACGCCGUUUCUAUCUCCAACUACAUUGCCUCUGUAUCUUCUUCCAUCACUCCCUCCAUCGUCUUCCACAGCCUCCCUCCUGUUUCUCUUCCUACUUCAUUCUCUUCCACCCCUAACCAUGAAACCCUAAUGUUUGAGGUACUUCGCCUCAACAACCCAAAUUUCCACGAUUUUUUGAUUUCUCUCUCUAAAACUUACAACAUUCGUGCCCUCAUCGCUGACUCCUUCUGCUUCGAAGCUCUCACUCUUGCUUCAAAACUUCAAAUCCCUGCUUACUGUUUUUUCACCAGCCCCGCCGCCUGCCUCGCCGCCUUUCUCUACUUUCCGACCAUCCAUCGCACCACUGACAAGUGCAUCAAAGAUCUCAAUAACAUUCUCAACAUCCCUGGAAUCCCACCGUUACCCAGUGGGGACAUGAUUAAACCGUUGCUUGAACGUAGUGAUUCAGCAUAUCAUAACUUCCUGAAUGUCGCUGCUACUAUGCCUAAAACAGCUGGCAUCAUAGUGAACACAUUCGAAGCUUUGGAACACAAGUGUCUCCGAGAAAUUUCCGAUGGGCUUUGCGUUUCUGACAGUCCAACUCCUCCCAUUUACACUGUGGGUCCUUUGAUUGCAUACGAUAAAGAAAGAGCCACGGGACAUGAGUGUUUACGGUGGCUAGAUUCGCAGCCUGAGAGAAGCGUUGUGUUUCUCUGUUUCGGGAGUUUAGGUGUGUUUUCGAAAGAGCAAUUGCGGGAGAUAGCUUGUGGAUUAGAGAGGAGCGGGCAAAGAUUCUUGUGGGUAGUACGAAAUCCUCCGUCGGAGAAAAUCCAUAACCUCGCAGCGUCGUCACAGGUAGACCCAGAUCUGGAUUCGCUGCUAACGGAGGGGUUCUUGGAUCGAACCAGAGAAAGAGCGAUGGUGGUGAAGAAGUGGGCCCCACAGGUGGCGGUGCUGAACCAUGGGUCCGUGGGUGGGUUUGUGACCCACUGCGGGUGGAACUCAGUGCUGGAGGCGGUGGUGGCUGGCGUACCGAUGGUGGCUUGGCCGCUGUAUGCGGAGCAGAGGCUGAAUAGGAUGGUGAUGGUGGAAGAGUUGAAGAUAGCGCUGUGGAUGCACGAGGAGGAGGGUGGGGUAGUGACGGCGGAGGAGGUGGAGGAGCGAGUGAGGGAGUUGAUGGAAUCGGAGAUUGGAGAGAUUGUGAGGAAGCGAGUUGGGAUAGCCAAGGAAGAAGCAGAGGCUGCGAUAAGGGAAGGAGGAUCCUCUCGUGUAGCAUUAGCCAAUUUCUUUGAAUCAUGGAAGAAUUAGGAUUAAGCGUGCCAUGGGGUUUACAGACAAUUCAUGGGGUUGGGCUUUGUAUUUGUUUUUUCGCAAUCUGAAACAAUAUCGUUUUAGGUUAAAAAGUGUAAUGGUCUUUCGAAUUUAUUAUGGAAGGAUAUCCUCUCAGCGGUGCAUUCCAUGCGCGUCCCUGCCCGGCGAGGAUUUUUUUUUUU